CGCCCGCUUCGUGCAAGAUGGCGUCGCCGACAGACCUCCCGCCUACUGUUCCUACUGUCUCAAAAGAAGAGGUCUCCGCCGGCCCCUCGAGCUCAUCGGGAGCUGCGGGAGGUGUGUUUGCGCCUGUGACCGGCCUUUACAACCGCCUACAGACGUGGAGGCAGUCUCUCGAGCUGCCGAACCCAGGAACGGUGGAGAACUUGCAGAAGGAAGUCAAAUCGACCCUCCUGAACAACUUCUUCUUCGACGGUGCUCGCGCGGACUUGACCAAGGCCCUAUCAAUGAACCCGCAGUUCCAGGUCACGCAUUCCUUCAUGCUCGGUAGUCAAACGCUGCCGCCAUCGUAUAACUUUGGUGCGGUGUAUGCAACAGAAAAGCUACUCUUGCAAGGUGGUGUGGACAAUGAAGGAAGUUUGAAUGGCCGUAUUCAUCAGAACUGGAGCCCUGCUAACCUCAGUAAGGUUCAGCUUCAGCUUUCGUCAACACCGGGACACAGUGUCAUGCAAGCAGAGCACGACUACCUUGGCCGUGACCACUCUGUCAACAUCCGAGCCGCUAAUCCUUCGCUCGCGGACUUCACGGGCAUCUACACUGCGUCCGUCAUGCAAUCUGUCACUAAAAGUCUUGCCCUCGGUGUCGAGGCUAUGAUGCAGCGCCCGCAACCGGGCUUGUCUGACGUCGGUCUGCAGUAUUACGCCAAGUACACAUCGCCCGUCUUCAGCAAGGACCGAGGCUGGAUCGCAUCUGCGACGGUCCAGCCACAGGGCAUGCUCGACCUCACGUACUACCAGAAGCUCAGUGAAAAGCUGGACUUUGCUGCCCAGCUUCAGGUCGUCAACGUCCCCCAGAGGAGAGACGCGAUCGCCACGCUUGGCGCAAAGUGGGAUCUGAGGAUGUCAACCUUCCGCGCGCAGCUAGAUUCUAGCGGGAAGGUCGGCGCGCUGCUGGAGCAGCGUUUCGCACCAAGCUUUGCCUUCUUGUUCAGCGGUGAGAUUGAUCACUUCAAGAACUCGGCGAAGGUUGGUGUGGGCGUGAUGAUUGAGAGCGCAGCGAUGACACCCGAGGAGAUGGGCAUGGUGCCUCCUCCAGGUUACCCUUACCCUCCCCAGUAGUUGAGAUGCGGUCCGCGCUUGUUUUACAGGAUAAUAUCUGCUGCGUAACGCUGCUUGUGGUGGUUAUUGUACAGAUGCAAUUAGUUGUCGCUUGCUCUAGAACUAGUCGAUCCUUGCUGUUACACGAACAUCGCUGCUCU